AUGAGUGCGGGUGCAUCACGUGGCAGUGGGAUUCUCCCUUGUUCAUCUCGAUUCGAGGCUGUUCUUCCAGAGAUCGAUUGCCAGUGCCUGCUCAAGCACCAAGUGCUUGUGAUCGUGCAAGCGGAUCCACUUGCAGUUGGAGCUUGCUGCAGUGCACUCUCCUCCAGAUUUGAGUGUGGAGAACUCACUUGUCACUGCCUACGCCAAGUGUGGAGAUCUAGAGGCAGCCAAGAGGGUUUUUCAGAGAAUCCCAGGCAAGAACGUUGUGUCCUGGAUGGCCACCUUAUGCUCACUGCUUACACCUUUUAUGGCAAUGGAUCCAAAGCUCUCGAGGUCUACGACAAGAUGGUUGGGCAGUUGAUCCAGCCGGACAGCAUGGUGCUGCUCAAUGUAAUCGACGCUGAAUCACUGGUCAGGGACGUCGGCCUUGUGAGAAACCUCCACGCUUGUGUUGCUUCCUCCAGCUUCAUACUCAAGAUCCAGAUCCAGAAUGCCCUCAUCAACAUGUACGCGCAGUGCGGCAGCCUGGAGGAGGCAAGGCAGGUGUUUGAUGGGACCGAGAGGAAGAACUUGGUGUCCUGGAAUGUGAUGGUGGGAUCUUAUGUGCAGCACAGAUACGAUGAGGAAGUGAUCGCAUUGUUCUUGGACAUGAAGGCUGGGAACUCAAGGACCAUGGAGUCAGGCUUCAGGAGCUUGGUCUCUGCGAGCUCGGACUCUAGUUUGUACACAAAAAGUGUGAAGAGCUCGGACUCCACUAACACCUUGGCCUCCAGCAUCUCGGACUCCAUUCUAAAUCCCAAUUGCAUCAUGGCCGUCAUUCUCCUGUGUGCCGGCCUGGGCAAGCUUGCUGAGGGGCAGCACAUACACACCGAGCUGUGUGCCGCGAAUCCAGAGAUUCUUGAAGGAUCCAUGACCAACGUCACCCUGGGCAACGUGCUGCAGCAGCAUGGGAGAUGCUGCCACUGCCGUCCACCGCAUGAGAGCCCACGACAUGGUGACGUGGAGUUCCCUUUUGGCGGGAUACACCCACCACGGCCACGCUGA